AUGUAUCCCGGAUCUUAAAAUUAAAUAAAUUUUUUUAAUGCCAAUAACUAGACCCCCACCUCCAGAGAUGCUAUAUGAAUUCAUCUAGGUUAGGACCUGUGCGCAUUCAUACUUUUAAGUUUCCCCAGUUAUGUAAUGGCAGCCCAGAUUGAGAACCACUGGCCUGACGGACCAGGGAAUGAAGCAGAAACGGCAACCACAACCACAAAUUAGGCUGGACUUGUUCGGAGAGGGUUGAACAGAAGACAUUCCGGUUUGGUGCGGAAAGAGCCAUUUAUCUGGAGCCACUGAAGCUGCGUUCAAGACUGUCCCUCUGCCAUUGUUGCUGGGAUGACAUUGAACUAGAUCAUGUGCCUGUUUCUCUGUCUCUUCUUUUUUGUUUUCAUUAGUCAGAUGGAAAUAGUGAGAACACCCACUUCAUGACAGUGUUGCAUAAAUUAAAAUGAGACGAUGCAGACAUAGCACCCAAGGACAUGUACUCAGGGGGAACUGACCAAGUGUUUGUUGAAUUUGACGGAUGACCUUGAAGUAGAUAGAGUUGUUUUUGUGCAUUAUCAGACUGCAAACAUGGGGGAAGUAGGAUUGAAGAGUGUUAUCCACGGCACCUGCAAGUGAGCUGACAGGAACAGGGAGAAAUCGGAGGCAGGGGCACUAGCCCAGGAGACCCACACAAUGUUCUAGGACAGGGUCCAUAAUCUCUGGCCAAAACGUAUGCCUGAUCUGGCCCUCUGCUUGUGUUUGGAAAUAAAAUUUGACUGGAACACAGCCACAGCCAUUUGUUAUGUAUUUCUGUGGCCGCUUUUAUGCUACAAUGGCAGUCGAGUGCUUGCAGCAGAGAUGGCGUAGCCUGCAAAGUAAAGCACAUUGACUCUCUGGAUGUUUACAGAAAAAGUUUGAUGACCCCUGUUUUAGGAUAAGAUUAAGAAGCUUGGCUUUGGAUGAGAUGUUUGAAAUCAAAGGAGAAGAGCAAGUGCUUCAAACAUCAGGAAGGAAGAAUUGGCAGGCUUCAGCGACAGAUUGUACGUAGGGAGAUUUUGCCAUAUAAAGGUUAGGGAUGUAGUGUCUUUAUCACGGGCAGGAUGAUGCAACAGGACAACUUUCCUGAAAUCUGGCACUGAGUUCAAGAGUUUGCUUUCCUAGACUAGAGAGAUCGGGGUCUGUCACCCCUGAAAGGCCCCGGCCCUGCCUGCAUUAAUGAGUCCCAGUCCUAUUCAUUUCAAAGUGAUGGAUCCCACACGCAGUACCAGAUGCCAGCACUCUGGAGAGAUCCAGAGAUAUUCAGCACAUUCAGAUUGAUUGAGAUCAUCACUUAGGACAUUUUGGAUGAUGGAAAGCCCGUGUCUCUGUCUCCGCUGGAGUCCCAGGCGCACAGCCCCAGGUACACGGCCUCCAGCCAGCGGGAGCGUGAGAGCCUGGAGGUGCGCAUGCGUGAGGUGGAGGAGGAGAACCGCGCCCUCCGCAGGCAGCUCAGCCUGGCCCAGGGCCGAGCCCCAGCCCAUCGCCGAGGCAACCACUCCAAGACCUACUCCAUGGAGGAGGGCACUGGAGACAGCGAGAACCUUCGGGCUGGCAUCGUGGCAGGCAACAGCUCCGAGUGUGGGCAGCAGCCGGUCGUGGAGAAAUGCGAGACAAUCCACGUUGCUAUUGUGUGCGCCGGAUACAAUGCCAGCCGGGAUGUCGUCACCCUGGUCAAAUCCGUCCUGUUCCAUAGACGGAACCCUCUGCACUUCCACCUUAUUGCUGACUCCAUUGCGGAGCAGAUCCUGGCCACGCUCUUCCAGACCUGGAUGGUGCCCGCCGUGCGUGUGGACUUCUACAAUGCAGACGAGCUCAAGUCUGAAGUUUCCUGGAUCCCCAAUAAACAUUACUCUGGGAUUUAUGGUCUGAUGAAGCUUGUCCUGACCAAGACUCUUCCUGCCAACCUGGAGAGAGUCAUCGUCCUUGACACGGAUAUCACCUUUGCCACUGACAUUGCAGAGCUGUGGGCUGUGUUCCACAAGUUCAAAGGUCAGCAAGUCCUAGGGUUGGUGGAGAACCAGAGUGACUGGUACCUUGGAAACCUGUGGAAAAAUCACCGCCCAUGGCCAGCCCUUGGAAGGGGCUACAACACAGGGGUGAUCCUGUUACUUCUGGAUAAGCUGCGGAAGAUGAAAUGGGAGCAGAUGUGGAGGCUGACCGCAGAAAGGGAGCUCAUGGGCAUGCUGUCUACAUCCUUAGCUGACCAGGAUAUUUUCAAUGCCGUCAUCAAACAAAACCCCUUCCUUGUGUACCAGCUCCCCUGCUUCUGGAAUGUGCAGCUGUCGGACCACACCCGCUCCGAGCAGUGUUACAGAGACGUGUCUGAUCUAAAGGUCAUUCACUGGAACUCCCCCAAGAAGCUGCGGGUGAAGAACAAGCACGUGGAGUUUUUUCGCAACCUCUACCUGACCUUCCUGGAGUACGACGGCAAUCUUCUGAGGCGGGAACUGUUUGGCUGCCCCAGUGAGGCUGAUGUCAACAGUGAAAACCUCCAGAAGCAGCUGUCUGAGCUGGACGAGGACGACCUGUGCUAUGAGUUCCGGCGAGAGCGUUUCACUGUCCACCGUACCCACCUGUACUUCCUGCACUACGAGUACGAGCCUGCGGCAGACAGCACGGACGUCACCCUGGUCGCUCAGCUGUCCAUGGACAGGCUCCAGAUGCUGGAGGCCAUCUGCAAGCACUGGGAGGGGCCCAUCAGCCUGGCCCUCUACCUGUCAGACGCCGAGGCCCAGCAGUUCCUCCGCUACGCGCAGGGCUCCGAGGUGCUUAUGAGCCGCCACAACGUGGGCUACCACAUCGUGUACAAGGAGGGCCAGUUCUACCCUGUGAACCUGCUGCGCAACGUGGCCAUGAAGCACAUCAGCACUCCCUACAUGUUCCUGUCUGACAUUGACUUCCUGCCCAUGUAUGGGCUCUAUGAGUACCUCAGGAAGUCUGUCAUCCAGCUCGACCUUGCCAACACCAAGAAAGCAAUGAUCGUCCCCGCAUUCGAGACGCUGCGCUACCGGCUCUCCUUCCCCAAGUCGAAAGCGGAGUUGCUGUCAAUGCUGGACAUGGGGACCCUCUUCACAUUCAGGUACCACGUCUGGACGAAAGGCCACGCACCCACAAACUUCGCCAAGUGGCGGACCGCCACCACGCCUUACCGGGUGGAGUGGGAGGCCGAUUUUGAGCCGUAUGUUGUCGUGAGACGCGACUGCCCGGAGUACGACCGGAGGUUUGUAGGCUUCGGCUGGAACAAAGUGGCGCAUAUCAUGGAACUGGAUGUGCAGGAGUAUGAAUUCAUUGUGCUGCCUAACGCCUACAUGAUCCACAUGCCUCAUGCCCCCAGCUUCGACAUUACCAAGUUCCGUUCCAACAAGCAAUACCGCAUCUGUCUCAAAACCCUCAAGGAAGAGUUUCAGCAGGACAUGUCCCGCCGCUAUGGCUUUGCUGCCCUGAAAUAUCUCACAGCCGAGAACAACAGCUAGCACCAAGAAGCCCACCACUAGGGGGAGACAUGCUGCAGGGGAAGUGCCACUCGCUGUUUGGGGCCCAGCCUUCAAAUUCAAAAUUGAGCCAUGCUUUUUUGGUUUGUUUUUAUUUAUCUCUUUGGCCCAGCCAAGCUGCCCUCACUACAGAGACCUUGCACAUGGAUCCAGCCAGUCCCUCUCGGCCCCACAACCCUGCAUCCCCAGAGGUGAGAUAUGCAGCCCACCUAGAUGAGUCUCUUCAAGAAUGAGAAAUCAAGGGGUGAGAGGGAGUAAAAGGGUUUUCAUCUUACUGCAAAACCACAAGAUCAAGGCAGGGCUUUAGGAUGUUCUGGUUGCUUUUUAAUAAUUAUACUUCGCAUCAUAACUAGGGAGAAAGGGAAGUCAGGGUGCUAGGGGUUAUUCGUCCCAGGAAAUAGAAGCGAAAUUGUCUUUAUUUAGUGGAAACUUUCCCCUUUGCCCUGCAAUGUAGCUGGGCAUUCAAACGGAGGGGAAACCAAUGACCUGAACCAACCACAUGGAAAAACCCAAUGGGGACAUUGUAGCCAGAGGGUCCUGGAGGUGGGGACGAUGGAUUUCCUUAUCCCCAAAGUCACUCCUGUUUUGUUUUUAUUUGUUUUUCUUUGGGGAGUUUGUUUGUUUAUUUUGGGGACUGGCAAUCCAAAACAGAAAAUCUGAUCCUUUGAGGCUCUGCAGGAAAAUCAGCUGCCUCUACCAAUCACCCUCUAUCAGCAGUGGCCCGGGAAGGAGAUCAACCACCUUCGGCCAAUACUGAAACAUGGGCAGCUUCCUUCAGGAUGAUCACCGAGGCUCCCGUGACUUUGAACUCCCUCCUGUCCAGAAUCCAGGGGCCACGAUGGGGACUGCGGCAUUACGAGGGCUGACUGUUUUACACCGGUCACAUUUUCUAUUGGCAGUGACUGAUUCAUGGGAAAGGGCUUUGAAGGAACGAUUUCAGUGCACACACAAGGUACGAACCUCUCAGGCCUUUAGAAGAACUUUAAUAACUCAUGCAAGCCCAGUUCUGAAGAUUGACGUAUCCAUCUAGAGACCUAAAGGAAGAACGUGAUUGGGUUCCUCUGGUUCUUGCCUGCUUCACUGUGGAUGGGAAGAGGUGACAACCUCAGUCUCCCUUUGCGACCUGGCCAAGGGUAGGCAACCACCUUCACCUUCACACAGAUUGAGGAGACACUGGACUUUUUACCCAUUUUCUUUACUCUUCAAUAUUAAUGUUGUGUUUACAUUGAUGAGAACAAGAGUUAAUGCCCUACCCUCUGCUGGGCUGUUUGUAUUGAGUUGCAAUGUGACCAGCGAAAGCUGCAUUUAAUAAAUGAAAGUACAGACUGUU